AUGUUCGGCUUGAGCGGCGCAUUAUUGGUUUCCGGCGGCUCUGUUUGCCGGUUCGAUUAGGCUGCCUCUCCCCUCACAGCAGCGAGUGUGGGCUCCAUAGUUUAUCCACUACACUCUCUCUCCCGGUUAGCCUUGUAGGCCCCGGUGCUAGCCGUCUGUCUCUGGAAAGUCUCAGCAUGGACGAAAAGGCCUUCACCAAGGAGCUGGAUCAGUGGAUCGAGCAGCUCAAUGAGUGCAAACAGCUGACCGAGAGUCAGGUCAAGACGCUGUGCGAAAAGGCAAAAGAAAUUUUGACUAAAGAAUCAAACGUCCAGGAAGUAAGAUGCCCAGUCACAGUGUGUGGAGAUGUCCAUGGACAGUUUCACGACCUUAUGGAAUUGUUCAGAAUUGGAGGCAAAUCACCAGACACAAAUUAUUUAUUCAUGGGAGAUUAUGUUGAUAGAGGUUAUUACUCAGUCGAAACUGUAACACUAUUGGUUGCACUGAAGGUUCGUUACCGUGAACGUAUUACAAUUCUAAGGGGGAAUCAUGAAAGCAGGCAGAUUACACAAGUAUAUGGUUUUUAUGACGAAUGUUUAAGGAAAUAUGGGAAUGCAAACGUUUGGAAAUACUUUACGGACUUGUUUGAUUACCUUCCAUUAACUGCCUUAGUGGAUGGUCAGAUCUUUUGUUUACAUGGAGGACUGUCCCCGUCAAUAGAUACACUGGAUCAUAUUCGAGCUCUUGAUCGUCUGCAGGAAGUUCCACAUGAGGGUCCUAUGUGCGACCUGCUGUGGUCUGACCCAGAUGACCGUGGUGGCUGGGGUAUUUCUCCAAGAGGUGCUGGCUACACAUUUGGACAGGAUAUCUCUGAAACCUUUAACCAUGCCAAUGGCCUUACUUUGGUUUCUAGAGCCCAUCAGUUAGUGAUGGAGGGAUACAACUGGUGCCAUGACCGGAAUGUAGUAACAAUCUUUAGCGCUCCAAAUUAUUGUUACCGCUGCGGGAAUCAGGCUGCAAUAAUGGAACUUGAUGAUACUCUUAAAUACUCCUUCUUGCAGUUUGACCCAGCACCACGCAGAGGAGAACCACAUGUGACCCGUCGCACCCCGGACUAUUUUCUCUAAAGAGAACUUUACGCUUGUACAGUAUUGCCAGAAGUGGGCUAUUGACCUGGGAGCCGAGAAGAGAAUCAAAUUUCAGUCAAAAGCGCAUUUGUCACACGUACUGUUCUCCGAUGGACCAAAAGAUGUGCCAUACACUAAAGAAAAGCCUCUCGUCUCAGCAGCCCCUGACAAUAUUAGAAAAAGACUCAGUUCAUUGCAUGCUGAAAUUACAUUGUCAAAGAAAAAUUUCCAGUUUCCUGGCAUAGCACUACUUGUAGUUACUUUUUGCUUUCUCAGAGGCUGCAAAAAAUACAACAUAAGAUGUAUACAUUAAACACCUUGUGAAUACAAUUUAACUUUCCAUUUAGUAAUUAGCUUUACCCGGCAUGAUUGUAGAUGAGAAUAGAAAUGGUGUGGGGAAACCCUUUACCCUGAUUAGAGGCCUGCAGCCUCUACAGUUGGUGUGAAGGGACUUUAAGGACCUUUCUGAGAAGUACUAAGGCCUGCAUUGCCUCUUGUGACAAAAAUUUUUUUUUUUUCAGGGAAUACAAUCUAAUUUAAUUUCUCACCCUUGCCCACCGUUUUUCUUCCGGUUUAUGUUUUUUGCCUCUCAACCCCCCUUCAUCGUUUAAUGUUGGUUUUGAACAGUUCUGUAAAUGUUGCAGUCCAAAUGCAGCAGUGGAUUUUUCAUAAUAAACUUGUGAACUAAAUACUUGGAAAUGUGAAA